GGCGCCAAUAAAUAUUGUGAAUGCAAAGUCAAUCAAACAGUCCUCGUUACACGUGAGAAAGCCUCUGAAAUGGCAUGGUUAUGUCUGGCCUUUUCUUUGUCUCUACGCCGUGUGGUUAUACGUAUACUUGUUUGCGUAUGACGAAUAUAUCGUGUCCGAGGAGUGGACAUUUUUAACUCUCGGAAGCCUGCUGACAACAAAUGCGCUGAUAUUUUUGAGCUGUCAGUGGAGCAUAAGAGUGAAAAAUCUAAUCGUCUUUUGGCUUUCUAAAUCGAAGCAAAACGAUAUUAACAAAGCGAAAGUCAUAAAAAUAAUUCCUGCACCGCAUAAAGGCAAAGGCGAAUUAUGUGAUCUACAUCACGCGAAGAACGGAGAAAUAUCAUUUUUAUACCAGAGGAAAAAGUACAUAUGGAAUAAUGACAAAAAAGUUUUCAUAAAGAUACACUAUCCGUGUGAUUUUAAGCCUCAAAUUUCAACAUUUCAAAACGCAAAAGGUUUUGAAACUCCUAACGAAAUUAAAUUGGCCCAAGAGACCUAUGGUCAUAAUAGGUUUGACAUUCCUGUACCGACCUUUCGUGAAUUGUUUAAAGAGCACGCAGUAGCACCCUUCUUCGUAUUUCAACUUUUCUGCGUCGGUCUAUGGGUUAUGGAUGAGUAUUGGUAUUACUCGGUAUUCACAUUAUUCAUGCUCGUGGUAUUUGAAUCAACUGUCGUCUUUCAGAGAUUAAAAACUUUAGCAGAGUUUCGGACGAUGUCAAUUAAACCAUACAUGGUUAAUGUCCGAAGAAAUAAUCGAUGGGUUAACAUCUACUCUGAUGAACUUCUGCCCGGAGACUUGGUGUCCAUAGUUCGCACCAAGGAAGAUAGCGGUGUUCCCUGCGACAUGGUACUUGUACACGGUGGUUGUAUAGUAAAUGAAGCCAUCGUGUUACCAAUAAGUCAACUUUUGAUUCAAUUGCAGGAAUCAAUCAUUCUUCGUGAUGGAAAUGACCACCUCGAUAUGAAUGACACAGAUAAAAAUAGCAUCAUAUUUGGUGGUACUAAAGUUUUACAAGUCACUCCACCUCCGAAAGAGGAUUCGCUCUCUGCUCCUGACAACGGAUGUAUCGCUUACGUUAUCCGUACCGGUUUCGGAACCACUCAAGGCAAACUUGUUCGUACAAUGGUGUAUAGUACUGAACACGUUUCAGCAAAUAAUUUUGAAUCCUUCCUCUUCAUUCUAUUCUUAUUGAUAUUUGCCAUUUCAGCCGCAUCAUAUGUUUGGAUUAAGGGUGUUGAAAAUAAUCGAAAAAAGUCGAAACUUUUACUCGAUUGCAUAUUAAUUAUUACAUCUGUUGUGCCACCAGAGUUGCCAAUGGAAUUAUCCUUGGCUGUCAAUACAUCACUGGUUGCAUUGUCGAAAUUCGCAAUCUAUUGUACCGAACCAUUCAGAAUUCCUUUCGCCGGGAAGAUCGAUGUAUGCGCAUUUGAUAAAACUGGUACCCUUACCGGGGAAAAUCUUGUUGUUGAAGGAAUUGCUGGUAUUCACCCAGAAGGUUCCAAGUCAUUGGUGAAGCCUGUAGAUGCACUUCGCGAGACGAUUCAAACCCUUGCGACAGCACAUGCUUUGGUAAAAUUGGAAGAUGACGUCGUUG